ACUUCUAAAAGAAAAACAGAGUGAUGAAAUCAAGGAACACAUCAUGGCAGAUGCUGAGCAGAAAGAGGUCAGCAGCAGUGCAUCAGAAGAGGAAGUUGUUUCCAAUAUCACCGAGCAGAAAGAAAUUCCAAGGGAAGCCAUGCUCAACCAAUACAAUCUGGAACAGCUUCUCAGACUGAUCAAAUACAACCAACCUCAGAUGAAUGUGGUCCAUGCCCAGAAAUACAUUCCAAGAGAGAAAGCGGUCUACUACCCAAAUAUGGAGCAAUUUCGCAGAAUGAAUGUACACAACCAAAUCCUAGAGAAACAGCCCAUGAGAGUUGCAAAUGAGGAACUGGCCCAGUUCUAUGUUGAGCCUCUCCAACAGUUCUACCAGCUUAACACCUAUCCCUUUGCUGCUUGGUACUAUCCUGUACAAAUGCAGGACAUUCCUCUCCUACCCUUCUUCCCCAUCUUUGGACCCAUUGCCUCUGAGAAUGUUGAAAAAACUGUUAUGCCAGUGUGGUGAAGAAUUAAGUCAAUUCUCAGGACUCCACAAUUUUGGAAAUUGAUGUGACUGAGAUUUCCAUUCUCUAAAUUUCUUCUGUCUACCAUGUGAAACCAACUGAUCCAAAAGCUUUGGCUGCUAUUUUAGAAUAGAAAAACGCUGUUUUUAGGGCAAUAUUUCUUGAGUCAUCUACUGUAUUUUAGAUAGCAAUAUCAGCCUUUCCUUAAGUUUCUCUAAACAGUUUAUUGUCCAAAUUCCAAUUGAGUCAUGACAAUAUGGAGGGUAACUAAUCAGAGAAUAUUACAGUCUUUACUAAGUUGCUAUGAUCGAAAUUUUGUUUUAAAAGUUUUUGAAUUGUUUCUUCUGCAAGUAGCAUCAUUUCCAAUAAUUGUCUGCAGUCACUGAGAUUUUCUCUUUCUUCUUUUCAAUAAAUUACAACUUAAGGCACAA